AUGACUGCUGCGGGAGUCUCCCCGUCAAGCUCCCCGCGGCUUCCCAGUCCUCCUCCAUUUACUGAGGUUCAGUUUGGGCCUCAGUCGCCAUCGGUUGGCGACUCCUUUGCCAAAGAUACAGACCUGCUUGCCGUCGCGAUGGGACAAAAUGAUGGCUCGACGCGCAGAAUCCGGCCAGGGACCAAAUCCGCCAACAUGGCAUCUGGUCCACCAGUGGUUUCCCUUUCACAGCUUGAUUCUCCAUUCCAGCUCCAGGAACACCUCAAAUCCCAGUUCAAUAAGCUUGCGCCCCAGUACCCUAAACUCAAGGAGAAGUACGAUGUGCUUAUGGAGAAGCACGAGGUGCUUAUGAAGGAGUACACUGAGCUGAAGCUUAAAGCAUCUGACAAGGCGGACCCGAACUACGAUGUGCUUAUGAAGGAGUACAAUGUGCUUCUGGGGGAAUACAAUAAGCAGAAUCCCAAAGGAUUUGACAAGAUGGACCUGACGAGCGAGGUUGCGGAAGAGCCGACAGAACCCCCGGGAAUCGAGAUGGCGAAAGAGCCGUCAAGACCGGGGAGCGAGGUUGCGAAUGAGCUGACAAAACCCCCGAAGGGAUUCGAGGAGACCGUUUGGAAAUACGAACUGUGCCGCUUCUUCACUAUAGAAGCCAACCGCCUGAUCGAGGGCUUUUUCUCUGAAAGCCCGCCCUGCUCGUCGCAAACUUGUCCCGAGAUGCGAGUCAACGAUUGGCAGUAUAUUUGCGCGGGCGCAGGACACCCGGAAGCCAAAUACUGCUGCGCGAUUGACUAUUGCUGCCAUACUCUGGACUGGGCCAUGAACAUUCUCACAUCGGAGAAGAUUUUCCCUAGCCGACUUAGAUUGUCAGGCGAUCAGAACACCAGAAACCGCUUGCAUGACAUCUUCCGCCGCCUUUACCGUUUCUUUGCGCACGCAUGGUACCGGCAUCCUGCUGUGUUUUCGAAAGUAGAUAAUCAUGGUGGUUUGUACGUCUUUUUCAAGACUGUUUGUGUUUACUACAACCUUGUCUCGGAUUACACAAUCCCCCUUAAGGCCGGAGGACCUGAUGAAGCCGCAGCAGCCCAGAAAAGGGAAGCGGCCAAGAAAAGGAGGGAGGAGGUCGAGGGAAAAGAAACCAAGGAAAAACCUGCCAACAGCAACAACCGUUUCACUAUUCUACGCAAGGAAAGUGAUAACACAUUCGGUACUGCUGUGGAGAGUCAAGACCCGGCGCUCCUCACUGGCGCGACCACCCGUCGCCAUAAGCACAGUCCCUCCACAGGAUCGCGUGUUACAACUAUCGCGGAGGAUGCGGAGGAUCUGGAAGAGAUUACGUCAUCGUCAUUGCAUGAGCCCCUGAAGCAAUCGCUUGAACCGCGGCCUGUUUCUGUUUUGGAAAUACGGACUCCAGGGGAACGUACCGUCGCGGAUGAGCCAACUGUCGAUGUGGAAGAAUCCUCUGAAGAGCUAGUUGAGGAACCUCAGGAACAGCCACCGCAAGAAACCCAUGAGCAGCCAUCUGAAACUGCUAAAGAACAGGAGAAUAGUGAGCAGGUUGAGCAGACCGAACAGACUGAGGAGUCUUUCUCCGAAGAGCCGGCCACAAACACAGAAUCGACCAUCAACAAGCAUGCUACGGAAGGCGAUGAAAAUACAACUUCCCACGAAGAGGAGACUUCAGCUGAAGAGCUCAAAGAGGCGGUCGAGGCGGUAGAAGAGCCUUCUGUUGCCCCCGAAACCAAACACGAGCCAGAGAAGGAGGAGUCGUGA